AUGUUAUUAGACACAAUGGUGGGUCAGGACCCGGCCACCAGCCCCAAAACCGAAGAUCUAGCGAGUAUUAGCGAGGUUCCCGGAGAUAUGUCUGCGCCGUCUACCAAGGAAAACACAAAGAAGGCCGAAACGAACGGCCAGGCCACGACGACGCAGAGCAACAUCCCGCCACCCAAAACUGAUAAGCCUCGGCCUCAUGUUUGUACAACAUGCGGCCGUUCAUUUGCCCGGCUGGAGCAUCUCAAACGACAUGAGCGCUCGCAUACUAAAGAGAAGCCAUUUGAGUGCCCGGACUGUUCGCGCUGUUUUGCUCGUCGUGAUCUACUCCUGAGACAUCAGCAAAAGCUACACAUGACCACCACUCCGUCGUCGCGACCCAGAAAUGGCCGGAGAGAAAGCACGGGAGCCGCUGGGACAGGGACGAAUCGUGUGCGCAAGAACUCCAUUGUCAACACGUCCAGCACCAUGCGCCCCAGAGCCAAUACUAUUAGUCAUAUUGAUGGCACCUCUCUGGGACUGCCCAAUGUCACCAACCCCUCGCCAGUGGCGCCCACCCACGGCCAUGCCUACCAUCCUAGUCUAGGCUCAGCACCGGUGGGGUCCAAUCUGGAUUAUCGCGGGUUCAGCUCCGCCCAUCCCCCGGUGAAUGGCCUGACGAAGUUGGAAACCCAUGGGCUACCGAUGGAUCUUUCGGGCGGGUUGCGUACGGCUCCGGUGUAUGGUAGCUUCGAUGUCAGCCUGGGAGAUAUGUUCAUGGGUCACAGCACCAUCAAUCCGGCCCAACUGCACUUUGGCGGUUCGCCCCAAGGGUACGGAAACGAUUCACCUUCGUCGCCGUAUACCCAGGGUGCCCAUCAGAUGCCAUCCACCGAUCCUAUGAUGGAGGAUGAAUUCAGCUUUGAUUGGAUGAACGGAUUCGAUCCAUCCAUGCAGAUGGGGAAAGGUAACGAGUCAGUAAUUGACGAAUCAUCACCCUCGGCGAUGAGUACCGGGAGCCAGAGUGGCAUCAGUGAAGCCAUGAUGGACGGAGGGCACCGCUACUCCGUGUCGUCAGCGAGCUGGCACAACCCGUUUCCACCCCACACCGGACCGUCUUCCAAUCAGUUCAUUGACUACACAUCUCCCACUUUUAAUGAUCUAGGAAUUCCCCCGGAAACUGUUUCGCCCAAGUCUCUGAUGGCGCAAAAUCCGUUUGCUGAAAGUUAUGCCACCCCUCCCUCCAUGACCUCGGUGGGCCAGCCCAUGGUAGGGGGACAUUCCCAGAGUAUGUUAUCAUCCUCUAUGGCAACCAACGGAGACUCUCCUAAUCCUUUCAACCUACCUUUCGCGAAUAGUGCCCUACGAACUCACCAUUCCUCAAGUUCAACCGAUACCUUUACAGACUCCACCCGACAGGCUCUACUAGCCAGCAUGGCCCAGCCCACCGGUUUCAACCACCGCAAAUACUCUCAGCCAGCCAGCGGCAUGCUUCACUGUCGUGACCUCUUCUCGCGCCCUUCCAGCUUCAACAGUUCCGGUCCCUUGCCCAGCACUCCCGAUAUGCAACGUUAUAUCUCAGCUUAUAUCACCUAUUUUCACCCGCACAUGCCCUUUCUCCAUAUCCCGACCCUCGACUUUCAAGCCCCUGAGUACACGAAUAAUUUACGAACCCCUAGCGGCCAUCUUAAUCUAAGUUCUACUGGUGUUGCCGGCGGCGGCGGCUGUUUGAUCCUCUCCAUGGCAGCCAUCGGCGCGCUUUACGAAUACGACACCGCGGCUUCCAAAGACCUCUUCGAAGCCGCUAAAAAGAUGAUCCAGCUUUAUCUAGAAGAACGUCGAAAAGCAGACAUGUCCGCCGCUUUUGGUCGGGCCAAUUCUGUCCGAGACAACUCGGUCCACAACACUCCUCUUUGGUUGGUGCAGGCGAUGCUUUUGAACGUCAUUUACGGUCAUACCUGUGGUGACAAAACCUCGGCCGACAUCGCGAGUACGCACUGUGCAGCAUUAGUCAGCCUUGCUCGAGCCGCAGAAUUAACGCAUCAUCUAGAUUCGAAGGAUCUACCUCAGGAUUAUCUUAACGCCGGUCUCGGUGAUAGAGAUGGCUCUCCAGGCGCCAGUCCUGACUCUGAGGCCUGGGCCUCCUCCAUGGGCCCACCGAAGGAACGAAAGGACUGGUUGGAUUGGAAAAUAGUCGAGGAACGGAAGCGCACUCUUUACGCCAUCUUCACCCUCUCCUGCUUCCUGGUGUCCGCUUAUAAUCAUGCUCCUGCUUUGACUAAUUCUGAGAUUCGCCUGGAUCUUCCAUGUGAGGAAGCCCUCUGGGCAGCAGAGUCGCCUCAGGAGUGGAGAAAGAAGGGCGGACACCUUGCAUUCCAGAAAGGCAUGUCUUUCCCUUCCGCUCUGACGACGCUUUUGACCGCCAGUCAACGGGAGCAAAGUCAAUCGCAGACCCCCACCAGCAAUAAUACUACGUCAGAAGACCCGUCAAACAAUGAUCUCAAGCCCAGCACGUUUGGUUGCCUCGUGCUGAUCUACGCUCUGCAUAACUACAUUUGGGAGACUCGUCAGCGACACAUGGGCCGACAGUGGACUGCCCGGGAAACCGAUGCCAUGCAAGCACACAUUGAGCCAGCUUUACGGGCGUGGCAGGCUGCUUGGGCGAGCAACCCUAUCCACAGUUUGGAGCGGCCGAAUCCGUUUGGCGCAGGCCCUCUUUCGGCAGAUAGUAUCCCAUUACUAGACCUGGCUUAUGUUCGGCUGUUCGUUAAUCUAGGUCGCUGCAAAGAAGCUUUUUGGCAACGGGAUUGGAAUGCGAUGUCGGAUGAACUCGCGCGAGGGACUGACAUCGUCAAUCACGUGGAAGAUAUUCCUUCGGAUGUGUUAGAUCCAUCGAUCACGGAAAGCGUCUUUCAAAUGGACAACCGUCGCGAUUCAGUGGCAGACCUCGGGGUAGCGGACCUUGCAAUAUCCAAGACUCCUACGCAAGAGCAUCCAAUGCAGGCGACUCUCAUGGGCGUACACCGUCCGGGCCAGUCAAAGCGCGAGAGGCAUUUACGGAAAGCCGCUUUCUAUGCAGCAGACUCAAUCUCUAUGUCAGACCGGCUCGGGAAUACUUUCGCAGAAUUUACAUGCCGAGACUUGCCCAUUCAAUGCGCGAUGUGUACUUUUGACUGUGCGCAAGUCCUUGCCGAGUGGAUUACAACUGUGCAGGAGCGAGUGGGCCCCUACUUGGGGCUGCUAGGGCGUGACGAAAUUGACCUGGUCCAAGCUUCGAAUGUCAUGUUGCUGGAAGAGGAGGAUUGUAAGCUCUUAGAGAAGAUCAAGGAGAUACUCGCCAGUAUUGAAACCAAAAUGCAAGCGGAGGUACAAACCAGUGCGACUGUGUCUACCCUAAGUGUCUUACAACGGCUACCUAGCGUUGUGGAAGGUGGAUAUGGUUGUAAGAUUCUGAUUGCCACGGCAAGCCUUUUGGACAGGGCUGCUGUCUGGCCAGUCACAAAGCUCAUGGCUCGAUCUCUCGAAGCGCAAGCUAUGCGACUGAAGGAGCGUGCUGAAAAUUCGGCCAUGAGAACGGAUUAA